CUACUUGGCAUGUGCUGCAACUCGCUGUAAAGAAUUGAAGAGGCUCCUUUCCAUUUGUCUAGCGACGAUUUAUACUGGAGAAUUUCUUUGUUCGGCUUGUGUUUUGUAUAGUUUUUUGGUGUAAUUUAUUUUACUUUUUAGAGGGGGGUUUCGUACCGGGGCUUGCUGUGAAAUUUCAGACGGAUCUGUUGGUCGAUGGCGUGCCCGUAAUUGUUGGUCAGAAACGUCCGCGAUACUUAUUUUAUUGCUUCUGGUUGGUUCGGUAGUUGAGAUUCCUUUUCCUCUUCUUUGUUUGGUCAAUCUUUGGUUUAUUUCGUGUAUAUAUUGCUUGUUGUUGGAUAUUCAUGCUGGUGGGGGGUUGAGAUCUGGAAUUCUUCCUCAUUGUUUCCGAUAGGCAGCUUUUAUAUCUCUGGACAGACUAAAAUUUGCUUCUUACAUGGCAAAAAGUGCUAAAAAUCGCCGCAGACUUUCAUCUCGUCAGUUCAGAUCAACCCCUUAUCCUACAUCGCAGCCAUUCUGCUGGGAUGCUCGAAAAGAAUGCAACUUCAAAAGAACAUCAGCAUUGGAGAGGAAUGACUGGGAAGAAUCCACCUGCUCUGUGUGCAUGGAAUUCCCACAUAAUGCAGUUCUCUUGCUCUGCUCCUCCCAUGAUAAGGGUUGCCGCCCUUACAUGUGUGGAACCAGCCAUCGCUACUCAAACUGCCUUGAGCAAUUCAAAAAGGCUUACACAAAAGUCACCUGUACUGAAUACAAUUCCUUGGGAGACAAUCCCAGAAACUCCAGAUGGCCUCUGAUUAGCAAUUCUGAAGCACUGGAGCUUUCAUGCCCUCUAUGUCGCGGGCCGGUGAAAGGAUGGACGGUGGUCGAACCGGCUCGCAAAUAUCUCGAUGAGAAGAAGAGAAGCUGCAUGCAGGAUGAUUGCUCUUUCAUGGGGACAUACAAGGAGCUCAAAAAGCAUGUGAAGUCCGAGCACCGAUGCGCGAAGCCUCGAGAAAUCGACCCUGAGAUGGAGGAGAAAUGGAGGGUGCUGGAACUCGAGGGCGAACGGCAGGAUGUCAUAAGCACGAUAAUGUCGUCAAUGCCGAGAUCAAUGGUGUUUGGAGACUAUGUUAUUGAGAUGAACAAUGGCAGCGCCGGCGCUGCCGGCGAGGACGCGGAUGAGAGUGGUAAUGAAGAUCCUUUAAUGCUUAACAGGAACAUCCUCUACUUCUUGCAGGAAGGGGCUCGGCUUAUGAGGCUUCAGUGGGAAGGAGUUGAUGGUGUUGCUGAUGCAGCUGCAGGGAGAGCUGUGGAUGUCUCAAGAGCCGAUAGGCGAAAUAGGAGGCGUCGGCAGAGGAGCCGUGGGCCGUCUCCAUUGGAUAUAUAAGCCCAAAAGCAGUACAUAUUUCUGAUUUAUGAUACAUUUCUGUUUCGUGUUAAGUUAACUGGGCUGGUUAUGAUUUAUUUUGAUUAAUUUAUGUAUAACACAUGUAUAUACAUUAAUAUGGAAAUUAAAUAAAAAAAAUAAAAACAAAUAAUAUGGAAAUUCAACA